UAAAUGUAUGAUACCAUGUGGAGAGCCUUGUAAUUACAAACAAACAGGAUAGAAGAAGUCGUUGAUUUCUUUCUCAUCGCCAUGGAGUCCUCAGCAGUAGUUUUACCUCUGAAUCAUCAACUUUCGUUUUGGUUCCCAACAAAACCCAGAAGAACCAAAGCUAAUUAUAAUCGCGUUUGGCCUUCCAAACCAAGAACAUCUCACACUCACUACUCCACUACUCGUUUACGUUGCCAAAAGAUGUAUGUCCCUGGAUUUGGAGAAGCAUCACCAGAAGCAAAAGUAGCCAACAACCUCCAGAGUUUCUUUACUUACAUAGCAGUUAGGAUUGUCGCUGCUCAGCUUCAGAGUUACAAUCCCGAGGCAUACGAAGAGUUGAUGGAAUUUAUGGGUAGACACUCGUUAAAUGAUGGGGAUAAAUUUUGUGCAAGUUUGAUGAGAGAAUCUUCUAGGCAUAAAGGUCUAGCUUUGAGGAUUUUAGAGGUUCGCUCUGCGUAUUGCAAGAAUGAUUUUGAGUGGGACAACUUAAAACGACUAGCUUUCAAGAUGGUGGAUGAAGCCAACACUAACGUCAUGAGAGACUACGUCUUGGAAACAAGUCAGGCAGAAAAUGAGAAGUGAAAAUAAUAAUGUAAUUGUUAUUAGUGUAAUAUAUGUAAUGAACUGAAAGCACUUUUCAAAAUAUAACCAUGAAAAUAUCAUAACAGUCAAAUUGAAGAUAGUUUUUGUAUCAUUAUAUACAAGCCUUCUCAUACCAGGUGCAUUUUCCUCAAUGAAGUAUUACUUCUGCGUAGUGUUGUUCAUAUCAGAUAUCGGCAUCAAUUUAAUCCACAUGUCUCACCAUCACAACGAUAUCAUUUGUUUUAGAUUGAUACAACAUGUAAAUGAAGAAUUAUAUUGACUUA